AUGGGUCGCAGGAGGGCCCGCCUGUGGGCGCUUUUCCAGUGCUGCAUCCCCAAGGCAAAGGCCAAGACAAGGAAGAACUUGGCCUCGGCCCAAGUCCUGGAAGCAGAGCGGCCUGAGGUGAGAGCAGCCGGGGGCUGGGCCCGUCGGAUUGGCCUUCACGCGGCGAAGCAUCGACCCCAGCAGGUUGACCUUGUAAGUGGUUGUGCAGGGGCUGCGUGGAGGACGGGCGGGGGCCCCACAAGAAGGGAAACACUGUCUGGAGGAGUCACUGGGGCACGUGGAUUGAGCUAUAGAGAGUUGGCAACAUCUACGGAAGAACUCAAUAUAUGCCGGGAACAGCUUCUUGCAAGAGAAGAAGAAAUAGCUCUGCUGAAAGCAGAGAGGAAUAACAUCAUGCUGCUGCUGGAGCACCUGGAGUUCCUGGUUUCCCGGUAUACACCGUCCCUCCAGACGACGGCGGGCAAGUGGCAGGCGCAGUCCCCAGCCGGCAUGACCAGCGAGCUGGAGGUGAUCAAGUCACUGAAAUCACUCUUUGAGCACCACAAGGCCCUGGACAAGAAGGUACCACCGCGUAUUAGGGUGACACUUGAAAGGUGUAGUUUGUUAGAAGAAUUAGGUGCCACACAUAACAAACUGAUGAUUCUUAAAGAGAAGAAUAACCUGAAAAAGAUACUAAUGGAUGGGGUGCUUGAUGUAAAUCACAAGCAAGAAAACAUGCCAAGCGCCAAUGGAAAGAGAACCCGCGACGAAGACCUGGCUCCGGUGAUCGAGCUCAAGGAAAUCAUCAAGAAGAAGUCACGGGAGCAGAGAGAGAUGAAGGACUGCCUGGCAGCCCUCUCUGCCCACGUAACAGAGCUGGAGAAGGACCUGGACACGGCCAGGAAGGACCUCCUCAAGUCCAAGGAAGUAAACGUGAAACUACAGCAGGACGUCCGUGAAGCUAUGGCCCAAAAGGAGGACAUGGAGAAGAGAAUCACUACACUUGAGAAACGCUACCUCGCUGCACAGCGCAAAGCCAUCUCUGUGCACAACCUCGAUGAUAAACUUGAAAAUGAAAUCGCAAAUAAGGAUUCUAUGCAUCGACAGAAGGAGGAUAAAGACCGACAGCUGCAGCUGUGCCUGGAGCUGGCAGAGCAGAAGCUGCAGCAGAUGCUGACAGAAGUGGUGGCUGAGCUGGCUCAGCGGGGAGCUGCACUCUCCAAGGCGGGAGAGAGACACAGCAGCAUGGAGGAGAGGGGCGUGUGGGCCGGAGGCGCGGCUGGGCGGGGCCGGCGCUGCCUUUCUCCGCCGCUCCUGUCUCUGCCGUCCAGUGUGCAGCCCCUGAAAGAUCAGGACCGGGAGCGCGGGCAGCAAGCCAGCGUGCUGGCCAACGUGGGCCAGGUGUUCAAGAGUGACAAGGGCGUGUCAGACGGCAUGGGCGACCGGGUCACCCUCUUCAGCACGCCCGCUCUGCUGUCGCCCAGCGGCCAGGCCGAUGCCAAGACUCCGGCCGGGAGGAUUCAGAAGCAGCUGGACAGGAUCAACGAAGAAAGCUGGUUGAUCCAAAAAGACAAGGAGAACACGGAUCAGCGGGCGGAGGGGAUUGAGAGCAGGGUGGGCAGUGGGAGCUUCAGCAACCUUCGGCGCUUUAAAUCCUCCGACUCCCUCAACCUGGAUUUCGCCUCCUCGCAUGCCGGCUCCUUCCCGCCCAGCAGAGGGCGCUCCAUGCCCGAAAGGAGGCAGCCCAGCCCUGAGCGAGAAGAAGACAAGCUGGGCUUCAUGACUCUGCCUAGUGAUUUAAGGAAGCAUUGUCGAAAGCUGCCAGCCAUACAGGAAGAGGUAGAAGAUGACACCAUCAAAUGUGAAACCUCGACCUCCGCCUCGCUGCGGUCCUUUCGGCUGGACCGGCUCACGGGCUCACUGCACACAGCCAGCGAUGAGGAUAUCAGGGACGCCCGCAACGCGACAGGUUCUCAGGGCGGUCUCGGGAGCAACCCCAGCAACAGCAACAGCAGCCAGGACUCGCUGCAGAAAGCCCCAAAGAAGAAGGGCAUCAAGUCCUCCAUCGGUCGUUGGUUUGGCAAGAAGGGAAAGGGCCGGCCUGGACACACCAGCAAGGAGGCGUUAGGACCAGGUGGGUGCUUCACCGUUCAGAGGGAGGAGGGUCUGCGUGUAUGUCCCUUCUGUGUCUCCCCCACUGUCCCCACGAGGCUGCUGUCACUCACGCUGGGUGUCCUCCUGGGAGGAGCGGAGGAGGCGUCUGUCUUCUCUAGGGUCCGAGAUGAUCAGAUCAGUUGA